GUUCUGGUUUUUGAUCAGGCGUUCUGCACGGACAGCUACUGCGUCGUACCGACUCGGCUUGUGUGUUUCUCUGACAAGUAGCUUUGGGAUUAGCAAAAUAGAGCAGAGAUGCAGGUAUCAUCUUGGUCAACAUUGAAAACGCACUUUGUCAGCCUAUGUUGUCAUUGAUCCCCACCAUUUUAUCGCCGUUACGAUCAUGUCUUACCAAAGACAGUUAUCAUAUGUCGCUUAAAAACUAACUUGUCAGAGUUAGCUAGCUAACAUUUGGAGCUCGGCAGCAUAAGACGCUGUUGGGAACGCCGUGUGCCCGUUGUGUCAGAUCCGUGUUGAUCUGCUUGAGAACGGAGGGUUUUCUGAUACUAUCUUCGGCUGGAAUUAGCUCUCUCGAACCUGUUUUAUUGUUAUGUGUACGACUUAUUUGUUAGCAACCAAGCUUGCCAGAGUCAAGCUCAGUUUCAGUGACUUCGCAACCUUUCUCCGACUAAAAAUACCGUCUCGGCUCCCGUGGUCCGUAGUGGGGGCUAGCACGCGUUAGAAUUCAGCUUUCCCUGUUUGGACUUUGACGCUCUUCAUGGUCACUACGGUUAACGCGAGACGACUGGAAGAGCAAGUGGGACCCAGAGGUUGUGAUCCGAGCUGGCCUGAUCACACGUCACCCCGCAGCGGCCGUGGGGCUUCGGGUUUCGAAGGGGACCCCAUUCAGCUGUGGCUGAUCCGCGCUGUUAUGGCCUUGUCUUGUCCCCAGUAGUGCUAUAACAAGCCUUGGUCCAGCCCAGGGUCACAAGGCCAAAGCUUUGGAAAGGUCCUGGAAUAACGACUCGUUUCUACCCCCUGAGUUCAUCUGACAGAGCAGCAUGUCAGAAGACGCAGACAAGUUCAUCAAGGAGUCAUCCAUCCUGGAUGAAUACAGCAUAAACUGGACCCAGAAGUUGGGAGCUGGAAUCAGUGGCCCCGUCAGAGUUUGUGUGAAGAAGUCGACUCAGGAACGGCUGGCGCUGAAGAUCCUCAUUGAUCGCCCUAAAGCCAGAAAUGAGGUACGUCUUCAUAUGAUGUGUGCCAACCACCCGAACAUAGUGCAGAUCUUGGACGUUUAUGCCAACAGUGUCCAGUUCCCGCAUGAAUCCAGCCCCAGAGCAAGGCUCCUGAUUGUUAUGGAAAUGAUGGAGGGUGGUGAGCUCUUCCACAGAAUCAGUCAACACAGGCACUUUACUGAGAAGAUGGCGAGUCAGGUCACCAAACAGAUUAGUCAGGCAUUAGCACAUUGUCACUCCCUAAAUAUUGCACAUCGUGAUCUGAAGCCAGAAAACCUGCUCUUCAAGGAUAACUCUUUAGACGCUCCUGUGAAGUUGUGUGACUUUGGCUUUGCCAAAAUUGAUCAAGGAGACUUGAUGACCCCUCAGUUUACCCCGUACUACGUAGCACCUCAGGUACUUGAGGCUCAAAGAAGACACCAGAAAGAAAAGUCUGGAAUUAUACCUACCUCGCCAACUCCCUAUACAUAUAACAAAAGCUGUGACUUGUGGUCUCUGGGUGUGAUUAUCUACAUCAUGCUGUGCGGCUAUCCACCGUUCUACUCCAAGCAUCAUAGUCGCACCAUCCCAAAAGACAUGAGGAAGAAGAUAAUGACGGGCAGCUUCGACUUUCCUGAAGAUGAGUGGAGCCAGAUCUCUGAGAUGGCUAAGGACAUUGUGCGCAAGCUGCUGAAGGUGAAACCAGAAGAGCGGCUCACUAUUGAGGAGGUCUUAGCUCAUCCAUGGCUCAACUGCACUGAAGCCUUGGACAACGUGCUGCCAUCUGCACAAAUGAUGAUGGACAAGGCGGUGGUCGCAGGAAUCCAGCAGGCCCACGCGGAGCAGCUGGCCAACAUGAGAAUCCAGGAUCUGAACGUCAGCUUAAAACCCCUGAAUUCUGUCAACAAUCCAAUCCUCAGGAAGCGGAAAUUGCUCGGACCCAAACCCAGCGACAGCUUUUUCAUUCACGACCCAGAGAACGGAGACGAAGACUCCAACGUAGCGCUGGAAAAAUUACGAGACGUCAUUGCACAGUGUAUUCUCCCACAGGCCGGAGAAAACAGGGAUGAAAAGCUGAAUGAGGUGAUGUUUGAAGCCUGGAGAUUCAACAGAGACUGCAAGCUGUUGAGAGACAGCCUGCAGGGGCUCAGCUGGAACGAGCUUCCAGUUGUCUCGGCCUUCUUUUGAGGGUGUUGCAGGAUGUGGUUGAAGAUCUAAAGAAAACUUGAUUCUCAAAGCAUAUGAGGUUCGUGCCUAGCAAAUAAAAACCAAGUGAAUUUUCUCACAUGCUUGUUAAUGUCUUUUUAAAUUCCUUCCAUGAGUUUGAAACGCCUCAAAUUGAGUCUUUGGUGAGCCGUGAAACUUGCACCGUCGGAGCUGCUUUUGCAUAAAGUUGCUGGAAUUCAGAUCAGAAAUGACGCUUUCUGUCAGAUACUUGAGUUCAACGGAUAAACUGAAAUCUGAUGUUGAGUUUGCUUGAAAAGGUCUGGAUUUCCAUCUUGAAGACUUGACGUGAACUUUUUGAAUAUGUACCCAGAAUGUGUGCAGCCUUUCUGCCAGUGUUACUGUUGAAAGACAUUCCCUGCUCAUUUCAGUGGGCUUUUCCCCACACCUGGAACUAUAGUUAAAUCACUGACUUUUCACACCUUUAAUUCUAUUCAUAUCUGAGUUUAUUUCUGCAAAUUUGUAUUUGAAGUUUACUGAACAGCAGUUGGAUGACUUUCAGAUUUCUCUUCUGCAGCUCUGAUGCUUUAAAUCUCCUUCUUCCCUUUAUGAAUCUCUCUUUUAUAACAGGAAAUGUUCCGCUUUGAUAUUGUGACCUUUUGCGAGGCGAAAUGCUGCAGACAUUGGCCGAACAUCACUGCUGUCCAGUGAAAUCUCUCUCUUAUUGGGAUCGUUGAUAAACUUGAAUGAUUAUUUUAAGAUGGCCUGCAGAAAAAAAAGUCUUCCUUUGUGUGUUGAUAUUUCCAGUUUGGUGUAAAAGUGAGAAAAGUUUCAUUACAAAUGUAGCUCGGAGAGAGCAUUUUUGACUCCUGAAAGCUCAAAGACGACCACAGCUUGUGUUUGAAAGGCCUUUAUUUUGGUGAGCUCUUGCGCGCUAAUGUGCCUUGUACGAAGGGCAGCGUUUGGAUUCUUUUUGUUCUUAUUCACAGAAGUGGAUCACGGGAAGGUGACUAAAGUCGAUCAGAUUAGAGGAAAGAAGGGCAGUGAUCCAUUUCUCAUUCCACAACUCGCCACAGAGUUGAAGUACGUUCAGAUUUGCACUGAUGACUACAACGCCCCUAAAAGGACAUUAAAGUAAAA